UUGGAGAGGGACUAAAUCGUUGUGUGCGCAAGCAUCAGUGUGUCUUUGUCGAGGUGCUAAAGUACAAGUGUUGUUUUGGAAUAGAGCUACAAGGAACCGGGGUCCAAAUCCACAAGUGAACGAGCGUGUUGAUGGAUUUGAUCACUUUAUCGUGACAGCUUCCAGGCAUCUCUCCGCGCUUUCUUUUUGCAGCAGCAGAAGCAUCACACCUCCGCGGCUCUCACCUCCGCAGACAUGGGCACCGUCCUCUCAAUAUCCCCCGCCACUAAAAAGGCGGUGGACGCCGACAUCGCGGGUGACAACGCCAUAAACGACAAAAGCCUCAAACGGCCUUCCAUGUUCGUGUCUCUUUCUUGGAAGAAGCUGGUGGCCAGCUCGGCGAAGAAGAGCGUCAAGAAGGUGACCCCGAACCCGCUGCCGAGCCGUGAGCUGCCGCCCAGUCAGGUGGCUCAGCUCAACAGCGAAAACACCCGAAAAACGCUUCAAACCGAGGAACGGAAACAACGAGCCCCAAUCCCGGUUCCGGUACCCACCGUUCCAACGAACAAAGACACCCAAAACACAAACGCGUCCUCGGUGCAGAAGCAAGAGAGCAGCCCGCCUCUGGUGUCCCCCAGGCGGAUAGUGAUCCAGGCGUCCACCGGGGAGCUGCUCCGGUGUUUGGGAGACUUCGUGUGCCGCAGGUGUUACAAACUGAAGGAGUUAAACAGCGGGAAUGUGAUCCUAUGGUUUCGGAACAUUGAUCGGACUCUUUUGCUGCAAGGCUGGCAGGACCAAGGCUUCAUCACGCCGGCCAACGUGGUGUUCGUGUACCUGUUGUGCGAGGCCACCAUCGAGGACGACGUCGACAACCCCGCCGAGCUGCAAGGAACCUUCCAGACCUGCUUGUACCUGGCCUACUCCUACAUGGGCAACGAGAUCUCCUACCCCCUCAAGCCCUUCAUGAUCGAGUCCAACCAGGAUGUGUUCUGGGAGACCGCCCUGAGCAUCAUCAACAGGCUGAGUGGCAAAAUGCUGCAGUUGAAUGCAGACCCGCACUUUUUCACCGAGGUCUUCCAAGACCUUAAAAGCCAGCGGAAUAGCAGCGAGGGUAGCCUGGACCGCUGACAUUGACGCUAAACCACACAUGGUUGACAUGUCUGUCAUGUGAUCAGCAAAAAAAAUCACUUAAUGGCGGCUUUGAAUGUAAAGGCCAUUCAUUCCGAAGGCAGAAUAUAUCCGAUGCUAUCACACAGCGUUGUGUUUAGAAUACAGGAGAUUUGACUACUAAUGCAUGUCAUUAAUGGUGUAUUGUCCUUUUUUGUGUGUUCCAGCUCUAUUAAUUCACGAUUAGCCCAGCUACUGUAUGGCUCAGAGUGCAUGUGGACCAGAAUAGUAGAAUUAUUUAUGGAGCUGUCCAAGGUGCUGACCUGUGUCGUGUUGUAGCCACAACAGCAAUUCAUAGGUCCACCCCAACACACUCCUAGAACACUAGAACACAAGCCCACUCCUACUAAGUAGAUCUAAACUCGAUUGCCCGGUGUACUUACAAAAUUAUUUUCAGGUUGCUGUCCACUCAUGCCCGAUAUUCAUUAGAGGACAAUACACCCGCUUUCGAUAUUACAAUAUAAUCUUCAAACUAUAAAAUGGUUGAAAACAAUGACAGUGAUGCAUGGCUAUUCCCAUAGAGACAUUUUGAAAGAUGCUAGGGAAAAAAAAUACCCAGGGGUGUCCAACAUGUGGCCUGGGGGAUUAUUUUUAAGAUUCAAGAGGAAAGCAAAAAUGGGAGCAAAACGCUGAACUUGUACAAAGUACUAUAUAACAAAGCUCAGAUGCAGUACAUAUAGUAUAAAUAUUAAAUUGGUCCUUAUAUCCUUUGAUUUUGCAGUAUGUGUCCCUCAGUGGAAAACGUUUGGACACCACUGAUGUAAUCCAAACUAAAUGGGUGGUGAUGACAGGGUUAUCACCAAUGUCAAGGUCUGUUGUUUAUAUUGCGCUUCGAUAUACUGCAGCAGCCAUAUUGACUGUGUUGUUUGAGAGGAAUGUUGGUUUUUUUUAAGGAAUAUGCUUGGACAAUCUCAUACGUGCCAACUGUACAAUUGUCAUUGCCUCAUGAAGUGUGGUUUACAUUUGGACUUGAUUUGAUAUUACUUGGGCCAAGCAUAACAAAAACACUAAAGAAUGCUAUGUUAUGGGACAACGGAAGGUCACUUGACCUUCAAAUACGUGUUCUAUGACAAAAUAUGUAAAUAGUGAAUGUCAGGCUUGAGAAUUGGUCAUUGAACAAAUCACUUGAACAUGUGUUUCCGUUAUGGAGCUUAUACACACUAGCUGGGCAUCAGUAUUAUCAUGUCAUCAUCACUUGUAUGAUGUUGUGCUGUGAAGCCAUUUCUUGGAGUAGAAUGUAAUGCUGCUAUUUUGCACACCUGAACAAACCUUGGACGUUUUGCACAGUGUGACAUGAUUCAUGUUCAUGUACAGAUGAUUCCUUCCAGACGCUGGAUUAUUUGCCAUGACGUUUGCAGCUAUUGAGGAUGAUCAUCUAUAAAUUCCAUCUUUUGUACAGCUCAUAUUUCCUAUGUGGCAUGACUGGAAAGUGUUAUUUAAUAUGUAUAGUUGACUUAUUGAUGAUUAAUGAUACACACUCUGGUAUUGCACCACAAUUCAGUUCAUUCUUGCUUAAUGUUUAUACAGUAAAUGGUCAGUGCAAUUAUUGUUUAUGGUGACCAGGGUGAAAUAAAUCAUAUGAAAUAUAUAUUCUAUGUUAUACUUGUCUUUUACUCAUGCAAACCACUAAUAGUUGUACUCUUUGAGGUUUUGAAAAUGUCUUAUAAUAAUGAAUUGACUUUAUUAUUACAAUAUGCCAGUAAAAUCAAGCAGUACUUUCAUACCCAAGAACCUGAUUAUGAAUACAAAUAUCGUUACAUAAUGGUACAUAGUUUCAUUAUUGAAAUAAUUAUUGGUGAAAUGUGAGGAAUAAAAACUAUAUUAAAUCAAUCAAUAAUAGUAUGUAAAUGCAUGUAAAAAAGAAGAUUCACCUCAGAAACCAAACCAUAAUCAAAUCAAACCUUGGUUUUCGUACCCCUCAGUCUUCAUGUGAUUUGCCUUGGUUUCCACACACUCUCUUGGUUUUCGUACAGUAUUGCAUGUAACUAACUGUACUGUAUCGUUCCAUGAAAUCGAAAAAAUCAUGAAAUCGAGAGGCACACCUGCCCUGCGUCAUGCGUGCACCAUGCCGCACCAACGGGAUGUGGCCAGCUCACUUUGAAAUUUUUGCGAGCUUUGCAGUCCAGUGCAGCUUGUCACAGCCCAGUCUACCAAAUUACCAAAUUGGCUGCGCACAGUGGUGUGCUGGAUGAAAUUACCACUGCGUGCGGUGCGCCACGCUGCGCCACCUUGCACUGCGCCACAAAAUUAGCGCCCAUUGUGUGCUAAAUAACCCACCAUGGGGCGAGUGACAGCAACUUCAUAACAAAGGUGAGAUAUGCUAUUGUUUGUGAUCUCACCAGGAUGUAGUGGGAAGACUGCAUUAACAAUAAGUUUCAUCCAUUUGUCAUUUACAAUUAUUCAUGAUUGUUUUGUUUUCUGCAUGUAGAGUUAUAAUUAUUCUAUGCAACAAAUAUUUUUUGUUCACACAUAGUGACGCAAAGCGAGGUUCCACUGUUAAGUUUCAUGAAGAUAGCUAGAAUAAAUGAAGCGUAUGAGCCACAAUGUAUAUUAAUAACAUAUCUGCUAUAAUUUACUUGCAUAUUGUCUUCAAAUAUAAUCAACAAGCUAUGCCUGGAGAUGGUCGCAAUUAUGAUUCACUGUGAGAGUGGAGCAAAACUGAUUGAGGUUUUCUCCUUUUUUGUGUGUGUGUGUGAAUGAGGAGGAAUGAGCCAUGUGGGCUGGAGGGUUCCUUCAUUUGAUUGGUUCGAUUCUGCUGCAGUCUCAAAACUGUCACUGACUCGCUCUCUGUCUUUUCUCUCUCUUUUCACAGGGCUCUGGUAUCUAUUUACAGAGCAAAAUGAAAAAAGGGACAUAUGAAGAAAUAGCAAGAGAAAAUAGAACAGGGAGACGACAAGAGCAAAAAACAGGGAAAACAUAAGCAAGUUUUCCAUUCAAGGUCAUUUCAGUUACUGUAUGUUCUGUCAUUG